AGUUUGUUUCUACCCGAAUAUUGCAUUUCCUCGACUUUAAAGCAGAUUGCGAUAUUUGCGGCGAAUUGAAUCUCUAGAAUAUCGAGAUUCAUCCUGAUACACGAAUAAUGGAAAGCCUGUUUUAUAUUUGAAUGAAUGCAAAUCCGCAACCUAUUUAGCGCCGGUAACCAUGGGAGAAGACGCAUAGAAUAUUGUAUUCUACACUCUCUUUUUUGAGGAACUGAAUUAUCUUCAAAAGCAUCGUUCUGUAUAACCAUCAUUAUUCAUCAGUAAUCAUCGACAAUGAGUUCGUCAACCGCCGGCGCCAUAUGGAAAGUGGAAACCAGGCUUUAACCGUUCGCGUUAGUCUGGACUCUUGUAUAUCAUCUGGAAGCAAGUCUGAUGUCAGCAGGUUGGCCAACACACAGUUCAUGUUCAGUGGAGGGACAUACACGCACCUGCAGUCUGGCGAACUGAACUAGUGUUGGAAGCUUCUGGGAAAGUAAAAAGCUUUAUAAUGGCUAUAACGAUCGAUGAAUCAUUUAAAAAGAUCGGCGAAUUUCGCCAAUAUCAAUGGUAUAUUUUGACAUUGAUGGGGUAUUGCAUUUUGACUGUGGCAGCUUUCAAUGGCAUGAUAGUGGCCUUUAUUGCAGCCGAACCUGACUGGAAAUGUGUUGAAGGAUACAAAAAUAAUACCGUGUGUAGAUUUAACAACUCAAUAACGUUAACCAGUGAUGAUUACAAAGCCAGAUGUAAAAUGCCGAGAGAAGCUUGGACGUUCGUAGAUGACUUUACAUCCAUUGUUACUGAGUAUGAUCUGGUUUGUGGUGAUUCAAUACUUUUGUCCUUUGCUCAAUCGUCGUGGUGGUUUGGAAUGCUGGUUGGUCUAUUGUUUGCUGGAAGUUUAUCAGAUAAAUAUGGAAGGAGAAAAAUUAUCAGUGCGGGCUUUAUCAUCAGUACAACUGCAGCCAUCGUUGUCGUUUUCCCGAAGAAUUUCGUUGUUUUCAUCGUUUGUCGGCUAAUCUUUGGACUGGGUUCAGGUUUUAUAAACUCCUCAGCAUUCUCUUUACUGACGGAGUUCACGACCGAUAAAUAUCAUUCGUGGCUCGGCAUUGGAUAUUUCACGUUUUACGCGUUAGGUUUAAUGAUAUUACCUCUGAUAGGAUUCUUAGCACCAGCGUGGAGAACUUUCUUACUCAUAACUGCUUUGUUUGCUGCACCUGUUUUGUUGCUAGUCUGGCUGAUACCUGAAUCACCACGAUGGUUAUUGUUAAACCAGAAAGAGAAGGAAGCAAGAAAUCAACUUUUGAAGGUCGCUAAAAUGAACAAGAGAACAUUACCUGACGAUGAAUUUGUAAAGCCAGUUAUUUCAAAACCACAAGCUAGCUUAAAACUCCUGUUUUCAACGCGAAAGGUGGCAAAAAUAACGUUAAUUAGCUGGAAUUUAUGGUUCACCCAUGCACUUGUACUGUAUGGUGUAUCUUAUGGUUCUGUUGAUCUUGGUGGAAACAGAUAUCUAAACUUUUUCUUGCUUAGUCUUGUGGCAGCUCCCGCAAAUUUUUUUUGUAUGUGGGCCGUUAACAGAUUUGGCCGUAAAGUGUGCAUCAUAUUUGGUUUAAUAAUCACUUUCCUGGCGUCUGCCGUUUUAGUCUCGAUACCAGCAAAUAAGAAUCCCGCGAAUAUUGGUGGUCGUGUCACUGCGGCAAUCAUUGCAAGAUUUUUUAUUGGCUUUUCUUUCAACGGCUGUUAUGUAUGGACCAGCGAGUUGUAUCCAACAGUUAUAAGAGCGACUGCGAUGUCCACGUCUUCUGGGUCAGCUAGAGUUGGUUCAUUUGCCGCCAGCUACAUUAUCUGGCUUAUUCGUAUCCAUGUAGCACUACCGUACAGUAUAUUUGGCGCGAUUUGCAUCCAAGCGGCGAUACUUGGAUUAUUCCUGCCAGAGACGAAAGGUGCAGCAACAAAGGAGACAAUGGACGACAUGAGAGCACACCCGGAGAAUGGGAUGGAUUUGCAUGUUUACACAAACAAUGCUAUCGACCAGUCGUAAAAGAAUAACCGCGUUGAAGGAAAACUGU